GUGUUACGUCAGCCGGAACCCGGAAGUGUGCAGCUUGUUGUGAGCUGGUGAUUCCACGGCUGCUGGUUCCGUCCCGGGUUUAGCUGAAAUGGCAGGUUCGGGUCGGUCCGUGUCCGCCGCCCUGCUCGUGCUGGUGCUGGCGGGCAUGAGCGGGCGCGCCUCCGCGGUGUCCGAAGUGGGGACGUGGAUGCUGACCGUGGACAGCGAGAGCGUGAAGAUGCAGAAUCUUUUCUUUUUCACCAAAACUCUGUUUAACAACAGCAUCAUCAGCCUGAAAGUUGUGUCACAGAACUGCUCGGCGUCGCCUCCCGUCCUGCUCAAAGUCUCGUGGUAUCUGAGGAGCUCGCACUGCUACAAAGAGAUCUUCCACGAGGACGCAAAGUCCAACUAUUUUAAGAGUUACUUCAAAUCUGAUGAGGUGCGAUUGAAAGGAGGAAGCGGGUAUUUCGUCUUCCACGAGUAUCCCACCUUCAACUGCAGCUUCAACAAGAACCUGGACGUGUUCAGCGUGGGCAAGUAUGACCAGAAGAAGCAUCUGAAGGAAAUGCAGCAGAACCCGCUCACCACCGAGAAGGCUUCAGGGAGGAGAAAGAGGAGCCCGGAUCUCCCAAAACCAAAGCUGAACGCAUCAGGAAACUCCUCCUCCAAACAGGCGCCCGUCCAGCCUCACUCGGAUGGCGUGGCUCAGACCUGGGAGGACGGGCCGUACAUGUUCAUCCUCAGCAUCGAAGACGUCAGCAAGAACCGUCCCGCCGACGCCCCCUGGAGUCUGCAGAGUCAGUAUCAUCUCACACCUGCGAGAAGCAGGUGUUCUGUUGGUUAGCCAUGAAUAUGUGCA